AUGAAUUUGAGAAACUUUUCUCAACCCAUCAUCAUCACUGAGGUAAUUCUACUUGGCUUUUCUAAUAUCCACCAGCUUCAGAAACCGCUCUUCUUCUUCUUUCUGGUCAUGUAUAUAUUGACUUUACUUUGCAAUGGGUUGGUGAUUCUGCUGAUUGAGGUGAACCACCGCCUCAAAACUCCAAUGUACUACUUUCUCAAGAAUCUCUCCUGGAUGGAGAUCAUCAUCACCACAACUGUCACACCCAAGAUGCUCAGUCUACUCAUCUUAGAGGACAACACCAUGCCUUUCUUUGCCUGUGUUCUACAGGGAUACAUCUACUUUGUGGCUGGUUCUUCUGAAGUAUUCUUGUUAGCGGCUAUGUCAGUGGAUCGCUAUAUGGCCAUCUGUAACCCGCUGAGAUAUACAUCUAUAAUGCGAACCCAGAUUUGCCAGUUGAUGGUACUGUCUUGUUGGUUGUGGGGUUUCCUUUCUGUAACAUCUUCUGCAUCACUGACGAUGAAAUUGCCUUUUUGUGGCCCCAAUAUUAUAGACCAUUUUUUCUGUGACAAUGGUCCUGUGAAACACCUGAUAUGUGCUGACAUUCACUUUCUCCAAACCAUAGACUUGGCAGUCUCCUGUUUCAACCUUCUGGGCUCUGUAUCUGUGACUGCUGUCUCCUACAUCUGCAUCGUUGUUACUGUGAUGAGGAUUCCCUCUGCCAAAGGCAGGAAGAAAGCCUUUAGCACUUGCAGCUCUCACAUCACUGUAGCAUCUCUCUAUUAUGGUAGCUCCAUGUUCAUCUACAUCAAGCCAGCUGGGGAAUCCUCUACAGAUCUCAACAAGGUGGCCACAGUACUUAACACAGUGGUAACCCCUUUGUUGAAUCCCAUCAUUUACACCUUCAGGAACAAGGUUGUGAAGGAAGCUGUGAAAGAUGUUCUUGGAAGAAUGUGA